GAGCUCACUACGACCACUGAGAUUACUUAAGACUAGACUCGUCACUCACCAAUCACCCACUUUUUCCUCACAGCGUUUCUUAUCCACCUCUACCAGAGUUGAGAAAAUGUCAAGGCUUCCGUUCAAAGAAGUAGAAGCUGCUCGACCUGAUUUCGAUGCUGGAAAUCCUGGUUUAUUCACGAAAUCUCCCAAUCCGGGAUGGAAACCUGGAGAUGGUUUGAAUGUCAAUCUGCCAAAUGCUGCUGAUUUCGAUCCAAAAGUACCCCGCUUGACUGUCAACCCUGCGGAGAAUGACACCGGUAUGGUCUAUAAGCUGUUAAUCUCUGCUAUCACCCCAAGACCUAUCGCAUUCUUGUCCACUGUAUCCCUGGAUGGUAUUCACAACCUCGCCCCUAUGUCUUAUUUCAACAUGGUUGCCAAUGACCCGCCGGCGAUCGUGAUAUCUGUCGCUAUGAACCCCGGAGGAAAGGGACUAAAAGAUACUGCUGUCAACAUCAAAGAAACCGGCGAGUUCACCCUUAAUAUUAUCUCCGAACCAUUCCUCGAGGCGGCCAAUUAUACAAGUAUAGACGCCCCUCGCGACAUUGACGAAUGGAAAUUGUCUGGGCUUACUCAACACAAGUCUGAUUUGGUCAAACCUCCUUAUGUAGGAGAGAGUGCAGUCAGCUUGGAAUGUACACUCCUUCAUUCUCAUGAACUGAAUGGAAAAGGGGGAAACUUGACACAUACAAUCAUGAUCGGCAAGAUUGAGCGUAUACACGUAAAAGAAACGGUUCUUAAUGAUGACAAAGAGCAACCUGUGGUGAUCCCGGAGAAACUCAAGCCCGUUUCUCGUCUAGGUGGAAUAACCUUCGGUAGAGCUGUACAAUUCAUGGAGGUUCCUCGUCCAAGCUGGGAAGCUGUCAAGGACACUGAAGAGGUCGUCCAAGCUCUUGCUGGAGCAGUCAAGACCGUGUGAGGUGUGAUCAGCAUACUUACUGAUAAAAGAUAGUUUGUAGAUAACACGAGAUCCACACGAUGCAUCUAGAGAAGAUCACACCAU